AUGUGGGAGAACCUGGAUGGCCUUCCGGAAGUGAAGGUGACCACGCCGGCAGUGGGGUACUUUUCCAAGGACAUCGCUUCGAGCGAAGACGGUGAGAUGAAACCCACCUUCGGCUGCAAGUGUGGCACCGGCGAUUGGCGCCCUGCGCUGUCGCAUCCCAGCAUCACUUUCCGGCAGGAAUUCACCGAACUGCAUCCGGAUUUCCUCGGCCGCAUUCAGAAGCUCAAGGUCCGGUUGGAAAAUGACAACACGGCCAGGCUGCAGUGGGAUGCCGCAUACGACCUCCGGCGCUUCCUGAAGCCUGGCGAUAUGCCAUCGCUUACGGAGACGACGCCGGCGAUCGCAAAGAGCGGACAGCAGCUUCGAUUUCUGACGUUCUGUCCGGAUGCAUCAAACAAUUACACUCUGCGGGUCACAGCCCUGGAUGCAAACGACGAGCCCAUCGACUACUUCGAGGAUGACGAGAUGAAGUUGACGGCCACUCCUGGCCUACCACCUCCCAAAGGGCAGGCCGGAGCUCUUGAUGUUAGGCGUAUGUGGGAUUAG